AUGCGUGGAUCAAGAAAGGUCCUGGUAUACAUUACUAUCAUUGCACUGGUACUGCUUUAUAGAAAGAUUAAUAGCAAUUCAAUGUACAAAGCUGUCCCAAAGAGUCCCGUUGUGGUCAUCGGCACAGGGCUUGCUGGCCUAACAACCAGUAAUCAGCUCGCACACACAUACAAAAUCCCCGUUGUAUUGAUCGACAAGGCAUCCUCCAUUGGUGGCAACUCAAUUAAAGCUUCGAGUGGUAUAAAUGGUGCUGGUACUACUACACAAGCGAACUUGAACGUUAAGGACAGCCCCGAGUUAUUCCUGGAAGAUACUAUAAGCUCAGCUAAGGGCAAAGGUUCAAGACCCUUGAUGGAAAAAUUAUCUAGAGACUCUAGCUCAGCUAUCAAUUGGUUACAGAGUACUUUCAACCUAAAACUAGAUAAACUUGCCCAACUUGGUGGACACUCUACUGCUAGGACACAUAGAUCCUCUACUAAUAUCCCACCAGGAUUUGAAAUAGUAUCUACUUUGUCCAAGGCCCUCAAGAAGACAUCCGAAGAGAACCCUGAAUUAGUGAAAAUACUAUUAAAUAAUAAGGUUACUGAUAUAGGCAUCGAUUCCAAAGGUGAGGUUCACAGUGUAACAUAUACAGACGCAGAUGGCAAUUCUCACGUGCUGGAAACUUCGAAUGUUGUAGUUUGCUCCGGUGGAUUCGGUUACUCCAAAGAAUUCUUACAUAAAUUUAACCCAGAACUAGUCAAACUUCCUACCACGAACGGUAAGCAAACUACUGGUGACGGUCAAAAUAUUCUUGAGAGACUAGGUGCCAAGAUGGUAGAUAUGAAAGAAAUCCAAGUACAUCCUACAGGGUUCAUAGACAGUAAAGAUAGAGGAAACAACUGGAAGUUCUUAGCGGCAGAGGCACUAAGAGGAUUAGGUGGUAUCUUACUUCAUCCAGAAUCAGGUAAAAGAUUUGUCAAUGAACUGGAGACUAGAGACAACGUCACUGCGGCUAUCCAAAGAUACUGUCCCAAGGAUGACAACAGAGCGAUUUUGUUGAUGAGUGAAGCUGUUUAUACCAAUUAUAAGGCUAACAUCGACUUUUACAUGUCAAAGGGCUUGAUUAAGAAAGCGAGUGUCAUUGAUAUGGUAAAAAACUUGAAAAUUACUAGUAAUGUAGAAGAUAUUGUAAAGCACUUGCAACACUAUUCUACCGCGUCAACAGAUGAUUUUAACCGGAAGUUGGUUAUUAACACUUUUGGAAAGGAUGUGUCAAAAGAUACAUCUGUUUAUUAUGGAGAAAUCACUCCGGUCGUACAUUUUACUAUGGGCGGUGCCGAGAUCGACGAACGCUCUCAAGUAGUCGGUACUUCAGGAAAACCAUUAGCUAAGGGCUUAUAUGCAGCUGGUGAAGUUUCCGGUGGUGUUCAUGGUGCCAAUAGACUAGGUGGUUCCAGUUUAUUGGAAUGUGUUGUUUAUGGUAGAACAGCUGCCGAGUCAAUCGCAUCUUCAUAUAAAUAA